AUGGCGGCGGCGACGGAAGCACGAGAAGAGCAGCAGGCGUCGUCUGAGCAAGGCCUCCUCCCCCUGCCGCCGCAGACGUUGGAAGGCAAAGUCGCGAUCGUCACGGGCUCGAGUCGCGGGCUCGGCGCCGAUAUGGCCCUGGAUUUGGCGAGGAGGGGCGCAAAGGUCAGUUCAGUUCAGUUCAGUUCAGUCCAGUCAGUCCAGUAUGCCCUUGCUAUGUCGCUGUCCUUGGUCGUGAUCGUUUACACAUCGCCCUCCUCGGCCUCCAAAGCGUCCCGCCUCGUCGCGACGAUCCAAGACCUCCCCAACGCCUCCGCCGCGAUCUCCGUCCAGGCGGACCUCUCCCAGGAAUCCGCGCCGGCCACCGUCGUCACGGCGACGCUCGCACAUUUCGGCGGUCCGCAGGCGGCGAUUCACAUCCUGGUCAACAACGCCGCCGUGCAGAUCACGCGGCCGCUGGGCGCCAUCACCCUCGCCGACUACGAGCGCGUGUACGACGUGAACGUGCGCGGAGUCAUCCUCAUGACCCAGGCCGUGCUGCCGCACAUGCCGGCGCGCGGCGGGCGGGUGGUCAACAUCUCCAGCGUGGGGGCGCGCGCCGGCUUCGCGGGCCUGUCGCUGUACACGUCGAGCAAGGCGGCGCUAGAGGGCCUGACGCGCGCCUGGGCCGCCGAGCUCGGCCGCAACGGCACCACGGUCAACUGCGUCGCGCCCGGCCCCGUCCAGAGCGAGAUGCUCGACUCCAUCCCCCCGCACAUCGUGCGCAUGCAGAUGGACAACACGCCCCUCGAGCACCGCGUCGGCACGCCCCGGGAAGUCAGCAGCGUCGUCAGUUGGCUGGCGGGCCCGGAGAGCGGCUGGGUCACGGGCCAGGUGGUGAACGUCAGUGGGGGGUGGACCAUGUAUUGA